GAGGUCGCAUCUCGCGAUGAGUGAGCUCAGUCUCCCCGCGGUGACAGAGUCAUGAUGGCCGCUGUACGUAGGUUUCUGGCUUUUCGAAACAAGUUCACCAGCUUAACAAACGGUUUAAACCUUUACUUUAACAGCAGACAAUCGCUGAGGGAAAGAACAGUUCUGAGACAUGUAGGGACAGGGCUGUGUAUAACUCUAGGUGGAUUCGCUGUUGUUUACUACCAGCAUCGGGGACACGCAGCGAGUCUGCGCGCAUUGAUUUCUCCUCUCCCAGCAGUGGCUGCAAAGGAGCAGGCCAGUGCAUCUUCUGAAGAUGAAGAGGUGUCGAUGUCAGCCCAUGAGCACAGGUUCAGGCUCUUCAGCUCGAUGGAGUAUGAUGGACAGCUUUACAUGACACCCCUCGACUUCAUUGAGUCUGUCACUAUGAGCGAACCAAAGAAAAAGAGAUUUUGGAGAUCCCUCACAAAACAGGAUCUAGACAAGAUUCUGUCAGAUACGCCACCUGUUUGGAAAGGAUCCUCUCGUCUGUUCCGAAACCUGCGUGAAAGAGGUGUCAUCGCUUACACAGAGUAUCUGUUUCUGCUUUGCAUUUUGACAAAGCCACAUGCAGGUUUUAAAAUAGCUUUCAAUAUGUUUGAUGCAGAUGGCAACGAAAUGGUGGAUAAGAGAGAAUUCAUGGUGCUAGAGGAGAUAUUCCGUAAGAAAAAUGAAAAGAAAAAAGAACGAGGAGGAGAUCCUGACAGUUCAUCUCAACUGAGUGUGGAACUGUACGGAUAUCAAGGAUCUGUCAACAGCAAUGUACUUAAAAAAGAGCAGCCUCAGUCUGAACCCAGAAGUUUCUGGGAUGUUCUAAGGCAUGGUGCGAGAAUAGUUCUCUUUUCAGAUCUGAUGGAGCACAAACCAGAAAAUGUCACCGACACAACUCUGCUGGUGCAUUUCUUUGGAAGAAAGGGCAAAAGUGAACUUAACUUUGAUGACUUCUACAGAUUCAUGGACAACCUGCAGACAGAAGUCCUUGAGAUUGAGUUCCUCAGCUAUUCCAAGGGAAUGACCACCAUCAGUGAGGAAGACUUCGCUCGUAUCCUGCUGCGCUACACAACAGUGGAGAACAUUACAGGCUACCUUGAGAAUGUGCGUCAAAGCAUACCUGAUGAAAAGGGCAUCACUUUUGAAGAGUUUAGGUCCUUCUUUCAGUUCCUCAACAACUUAGAAGAUUUUACCAUUGCCAUGCAAAUGUACAACUAUGCAAAUCGCCCAAUUGGACAAGAUGAGUUUGCCCGUGCGGUCUAUGUUGCCACUGGCCUGAAGCUGUCACGACACCUCGUGAACACUAUUUUCAAGAUCUUUGAUGUUGACCAUGAUGACCAGCUAAGCUACAAGGAGUUCAUUGGGAUAAUGAAGGAUCGGCUGCACCGUGGCUCUUGGGGAUAUAAAGGUGAAGAGAGAUUCACAUCCUUUAAAGCCUGUAUGAAGAAAGAACUCACUGCUAAAUAGGUGAAAGUCCCGCUGAGUGUUCCUCUUCACCCUCACGUCUCAGUGAAGAAAUCUCAAGUUGGAUUAAACUUCUCAGUGACUCAAUGCAAUUAUCUACCUGACCUGUGUCAAACUCUGUAAGAUACAAAUACUGCCAUAAUUAGAUUAACACAUGCUACCUCUCUGGACUAUAGUUACCACUUUGUCACUUUGCAGGCACUUUCUUAACUCUAUUAAAGCCAUUAACUAAAAGGGAUAACACUUUAAUGAAAUAGCCAUACUUUUAUUAAUCAAAAAAUUAUUUAUUAAAGGUCUUAUAAAUUUAAAUGGGACCAGUGCCCACAUUUUAAGAUAAAUUAUGUCUUUAUAUUACUUCAUAAAUUAAAGAAAAAAAAAAUUAUGUCCAUUAACUAUGUUGAAGUGGAAAUGUGUAUUUGCUGAAUUCUGAUGUUAUUUAUUCUAUUUAUUGAUAUAUUUUGUGUAAAGAAAAUGUUCUCUUGAGAUUUAAUGCUUCUUUAAUGCUGUAUUGGCACUGCAUUGAUCUAUUUGCUUCUCUAGGAGUUAUAAGCCAGAUAAUCUUUCCUUACAAUGAGCACAUUGCUAACAUAGUUUCUCUGAGCUUGUCCACUGCCCACCACCCAGAUCAGCUUACACAGGGUCUGACAGUGCUGAGUGCACAGAGCAAUAAUGAGACCUCAGUAAUCUCACAAUGUGCUACACAUACAGAUCUCUCUCUCCUACUCUUUUAUGAGUUUCUUACACUGCCACUCCUUUAAGAAAAAUCUUGCAAAGACAAAACAACAAACAAGCUGAAUCCACUCAUUUUACUCCAGAAAAAAUUUCUCUUGGUAUGUUUAUUUUUUAAAGUUUAAAGUAACAUUUUGUGCAGCCUUGCCUACAAAAAAGCUGUUGCACAUUUUCAUUUUAUUGCCCAGGAAAAAAAAAAAAAAAGAUACAGUUCAUUAAACACACAUUGACCUAUAGCGGGGCAUGUUGUCACAAAUGGGGUUGUUAUAAAGGAACCAUUUUCUCUAACUGAACCUUUGACUCAAAGCAUUAAAAUAUAGCUUGUGACAACUGUGUGAUAAGUAGCUCUGGUCUCAACCACCAUACUUUUCUUCAGAAUACAGACCAUGUUUUAGAUCUGUACAUCCUAAAAUUGCUUAUUUCAUUUAACAUUUUUGCAUAUUACAGUUUUAUGCAUUAGGCCUAUAGUAUUCAGACUGCUUAGAGGGUUCGAAUAAAUUAAAACCACAAUCAAAAUAAUAAUUUGUGUCAUUCCUUCUGGUCUGUGCUUCCUUCUUUCAGAAGAAAUGAUUUAAAAAAAGUCUUGAAACAUUUUAGAUUUUAGACCUAUAGUGUCAGGCCCCUAUUUUAACAAUCUAAGCACAAGCGCACGGCGCAAGUGCACUUAGGGCGUGUCCGAAUCCUCUUUUGCUAGUUUAACGACGGGAAAAAUAGUCUAAAAGGGUUGUCCCUAUUCUCUUAAUGAGUAAUGGUUGUGUUUUGGGUGUAACGUGCAAUAAACCAAUCAGAGUCUCAUCUCCCAUUCCCUUUAAAAGCCAUUUGCACACGUGCAAUGGCGGAUUCGCUAUUUACAUGGCGGAAUUUGCAAGCGGAAAAACUGCAUGCUUCUCUAGCGAGGAAACGGAUAUGUGCCAUUGACUUUUGACCAGGUUUCAGUUGGUCAAUGGCGCAGUCUAUUUCAGUUGCCUCAAAAUAGCAAUGUGCCAACAAUGCGCCUGAACACACCUUGUUUUCAGACCAGCCAUGGGCGCACAAAUGGGUGCUAAUGCAUUUGCUUUUUAAACAACGUGGCGCAGGACGUGAAAAUGAUAACUGCAUCGGGCUAAAACUAGUAAAAAACACUUGUGUCGCGCCUGGCGCCGCAUUGCACUGGGUGAAUGAUAGAGCCCUUAAUGUCUUUUUAGUCAAGCACAAUGUAACUAUGAAAAGAUUAUGGGGUUCCUCAGUAGGGUUGGGAAUCGAAAAUCGAUUCCAAUACUUAAGGUCAGGAAUCGGAUACUUGUUAUAAAAUUUCGAUUCCUCUUGACUUUAAACCAUUCGCGCGUAAGAACACCCACAUGCUGUUUUUCGUGCUGCACACGCGUCCAUAGCGCGCACACAGAAAAAAUUAUUUUAAUGUGAUUUUAAACCAUUCAAGCACAUGAAGACUCGUGCGCUGUUUUCUGUGCUGCGCACACAUCCAAAACAUGUGCACUGAAAGCCACCUCUCAUACUGUAUAGUACACAAAACACAGUCGGUUGUGUCUUAAAGGGUUAGUUCACCCAAAAAUUUAAUUUCUGUCAUUAAUUACUCACCCUCAAGUUGUUCCAAACAGAGUUGGCAUUCUGACGUAAACAUGGAAGUGCUGCACUGCAUUCACUGUGCCAACUGCGUAGGAGACUGACAGGGAAGAGAAAAAAUUGUUGAAUAAAGUUGUUAUUUUUGUUUUGUUUUCUCGUUGCUUCAUAACAUUAAGGUUGAACAACUGUAGUCACGUUGACUAUUUUAACGAUGUCUUUACUACUUCUCUGGACCUUGAAUGUGGUAAUUUCGUUGCUUUCUAUGGGAGAUAAAAAACCUCUUGGAUUUCAUCAAAAAUAUCUUAAUUUGUGUUCUGAAGAUGAACGAAGGUCUUACGGGUUUGGAACGACAUGAGGGUGAGUACUUAAUGACAGAAAUUUCACUUUUGAGUGAACUAACCCUUUAAGUGAACGUAAACAAUUGACAAAGAAAACAUGUGUAACAGUAUAUUGGAUAAAUAUUCCUAAUAUAGCCUAAUAUUCCUGCUGCUGUCUCUAUAAUAAAGUUAAUCAAACAAUAAAAGACAACGCGAAAAUUCACUCGCUGUUCUUGACUGAAUUACUUUUGCAACUAUAUUUGUAAUGUGUAUUUUAUUUAUAAAAUGCAGUGUUAUUUUACAUUUGAUUACAGUUUCUG